UGGUGGACGAGGGUGUUGCCUGCAGAAGAGGGUGUUCAACCCGGGUCGCCCCGGGUCUGGGGAUGGGGGCGGGGACGGGCCUUGUCCUCCCCGCUCCCCUCCCCUCCGCCAGCGCCGAGGCCCCGCCCGGCCCUCCCGCCUCCCCGCCCCGAGGUCCCCGCUCGGAAAGUCCAGCGAAUCCCCCGCGCCGUCCCCCCACCCGGCCCGAGGGCGGCGCGAACAAGCGGCCCUUUCUGCGCGCGGCUGCCCCGGACAGCUGGCCCGCAGCCCGCGGGGGCGCGGACAAUCCCGGGGCUUGUGGCCGGGGGUGGGGCGCCGGGGGUUGCCAAGGUGACCCGGGCGCGGGCAGCGGCUCGGCUCGGCGCGGGCGGCACCAUGAGCGGCCGGAAGCGCAGCUUCACCUUCGGGGCCUACGGAGGGGUGGACAAGUCCUUCGCCCCUCGCCGGAGUGCGUGGAGGAGUGAUGGGCAGAACCAGCGCUUCCCUCAGGCACUAGACCUGCCAAGAGUGGACUUAGUUCCCUCUCAGACCGCUUCAUUCCAACCUAAGAACACAGAUCUGUUUGAGAUGAUUGAAAAGAUGCAGGGAAGCAGGAUGGAUGAACAGCGAUGCUCCUUCCCACCACCCCUCAAAACGGAGGAGGACUACAUUCCGUACCCAAGUGUCCACGAGGUCCUGGGCCGAGAAGGGCCCUUCCCCCUGAUCCUGCUGCCCCAGUUUGGGGGCUACUGGAUUGAAGGCACCAAUCACGAAAUCACCAGCAUCCCAGAGACAGAGACGCUGCAGUCGCCAACGACCAAGGUGAAGCUGGAGUGCAACCACACCGCCCGCCUCUAUCGGAAGCACUUUCUCGGCAAGGAGCACUUUAACUACUACUCGCUGGACACCGCCCUGGGCCACCUUGUCUUCUCACUCAAGUAUGACGUCAUCGGGGACCAGGAACACCUGCGGCUGCUGCUCAGGACCAAGUGCCGGACAUACCACGACGUCAUCCCCAUCUCCUGCCUCACUGAGUUCCCCAACGUGGUCCAGAUGGCAAAGUUGGUGUGUGAAGACGUGAAUGUGGAUCGAUUCUAUCCUGUGCUCUACCCCAAGGCCUCUCGCCUCAUUGUCACCUUCGACGAGCACGUUAUCAGCAAUAACUUCAAGUUCGGAGUCAUUUAUCAGAAGCUCGGGCAGACCUCCGAGGAAGAACUCUUCAGCACCAACGAGGAGAGCCCCGCCUUCGUGGAGUUCCUCGAGUUUCUGGGCCAGAAGGUCAAAUUGCAGGACUUUAAGGGGUUCCGAGGAGGCCUGGACGUGACCCAUGGGCAGACGGGGACCGAGUCUGUGUAUUGCAACUUCCGCAACAAGGAGAUCAUGUUUCACGUGUCCACCAAGCUGCCCUACACAGAAGGAGACGCCCAGCAGUUGCAGCGGAAGCGACACAUUGGCAACGACAUCGUGGCUGUGGUCUUCCAGGACGAGAACACGCCGUUUGUGCCGGACAUGAUUGCGUCCAACUUCCUGCAUGCCUACGUGGUGGUGCAGGCCGAGGGCGGGGGCCCCGACGGCCCCCUCUACAAGGUAUCCGUCACUGCGAGAGAUGACGUCCCCUUCUUCGGGCCACCCCUCCCAGACCCCGCUGUAUUUCGGAAGGGGCCUGAGUUCCAGGAAUUUUUGCUGACAAAGCUGAUCAAUGCUGAAUAUGCUUGCUACAAGGCAGAGAAGUUUGCCAAACUGGAGGAGCGGACACGGACCGCCCUCCUGGAGACGCUCUAUGAGGAGCUGCACAUCCACAGUCAGUCCAUGAUGGGCCUGGGCGGCGACGAGGACAAGAUGGAAAACGGCGGCGGGGGCGGCGGCUUCUUCGAGUCCUUCAAGCGGGUCAUCCGGAGCCGCAGCCAGUCCAUGGACGCCAUGGGGCUGAGCAACAAGAAGCCCCACACCGUGUCCACCAGCCACAGCGGGAGCUUCACGCCCAACAACCCCGACCUGGCCAAGGCAGCUGGAAUAUCAUUGCUUAUUCCCGGGAAAAGUGCCAGUAGAUUCGGACGCCGAGGCAGUGCCAUAGGCAUAGGAACCGUGGAAGAGUCGCUGAUUGUCCCUGGCAAGAGCCCCACGAGGAAGAAGUCCGGUCCGUUUGGCUCUCGCCGCAGCAGCGCUAUCGGCAUCGAGAACAUCCAGGAGGUGCAGGAGAAGAGGGAGAGCCCCCCGGCCGGCCAGAAGACCCCAGACAGCGGGCACGUCUCCCAGGAGCCCAAGUCGGAGAACUCAUCCACUCAGAGCUCCCCAGAGAUGCCCACGACCAAAAACAGAGCGGAGACAGUGGCCCAGAGAGCAGAAGUGCUGAAGGACUUCUCCCGCUCCUCGUCCAGUGCCAGCAGCUUCGCCAGCGUCGUGGAGGAAGCAGAGGGCGUGGAUGCGGACGACACAGGCCUGGAGAGUGUUUCCUCCUCGGGCACGCCCCACAAGCGGGACUCCUUCAUCUACAGCACGUGGCUGGAAGACAGCAUCAGUACCACGAGUGGAGGCAGCUCCCCAGGCCCCUCUCGGUCACCCCAUCCCGACGCCAGCAAGUUGGGGGACCCUGCUUGUCCCGAGAUCAAGAUCCAGCUGGAAGCAUCUGAACAGCACACGCCCCAGCUGGGCUGUUAGCCACGCCGUCACUCUGAAGGUGACCCUGAGCAGAUGAGGGUGCGGAAGCACGAGGCGAGGAUGCUCUGGCAGAUCCGGGCGGACGGGACCUCUGCCCCGAGGCCAGCACCAGCCUGGGGGCCGCCCCUCGCCUGCCCAGCCCUCCUCCUGGCCCACGUCCGGGCUGUCUCUGCAGGGCGGAGCCAGCCAGCCCUGGGAGCGGGGAAGCUGCUGGCACCGUCCCCACCCCCUGGGCUGGGGGGCUGGCUGGGGCAGGGAGAGGUCAGUUGGAACGGGACUCCAGGCCUGGCUCAUCCAUCACCCCUG